AUGGUGGUGAAGAACACGUUCGUCGACAGUGUGCAUGCGGCAGGCGAACUUCACGAGGACGACAUGUGCGCGACCACACUUCGCCGUAGCUUCUCUGACCCCACGAUGGGAGCCAAGGUCCCGCUCGACGUCGGGAUGCCGGUCGUGCCAACACCUCCGCCGGCCGCAUCGAGAUUGCCGCGCUGGAGCGAAGACGAGGACAGCGAGGACGAGCUGAGCUUGCACGCGGCGAAACCCGAUCUGGGUGUGGAUGAACCGACGGCGUGGCACACGAUGCAGAGCCAGAAGACGGCGGGCGGAGUGCUGGAGGUGGCCUUCCAGAACCUGCCUGCGCUGAGUGCGGAAGCGAUCGCGGAGGCGCUGCACCUCGCCGCACGAAGGCUGGCCGCCCCGCAGUCGGGGGCGUUCUCCAGCCAGGUGCUGCCCCCGCUGCUCGCAGUCCUGCAGCAGGGCGUUGCGACGCUGCAGGGCCCGCAGCAGCUCUCGCGGCUCAUGUGGGCGCUCGGCAAGCUGAACGCGUGCGUCCGCCCGAAUUCCUCGCCCUGCCUGUACGGAGUGGAGGAAUGUGUGCUCCACGUCUGCAGCGCCCUCCCCCGCGUCCUGGCCGGCUGCACCCACCUCGACCUCACCAACAUGCUUUGGGGUCUCGCCAAAGUCUGCCCAGGCGCGGCCGGCGGCGGAGUUGGCGCCAUUCCGUUGGUGCGCAAGGCGGCGCACGCUGUGGUGGGCGGGUGCGCCGCGAAGGUCUCGGAAUCCACGGCGCAAGGCUUGGCGAACUCCUUCUGGGCCAUGGCACGGCUGAAGAUGAGCGGGCCCGGCGUCGAGACGUUCCUGGGAAAGGCCCUGCGCGCGUAUUUGGACGGCGCGCUCUUCGACAGCUUCACGUCCCAGGGCGUCGCCAACGUGCUCUGGGCCCUGGCCACCCUGCGGGCGGCCGGCGUCGGCAGGGGGCCACAGGACAGCACCGUGCGGUUGGCCAUCGUCGCGUUGGCCAAGGCCACCUCCUCCCAGCUCCAGCAUUUCCAGCUGCAGGAGCUGAGCAUGGUGGCGUGGUCGUUCGCGAAGCUGUACGAGUCGAGGGCGGGGGGGGCGCAGCAGGGCGGCUGGGCGGCGCGGCCGAUCGAGGUGGACCUGAUGCUGAUGGAGUUGGCCGCGGUGGCCACGAAGUACGUCGACGGCUUCGAGGGGCAGGGGAUCUCGAACAUCGCUUGGGCCUUGGCCACGCUGGAGCUCACGGGGCCCGCCCCCGCUGUCGCCCCGGGGCGGGCCUUCAUCAGGGCGGCCGUCGACGUCUGCGCCUGCAAGCUGGAGGGCUACUCGGGGCAGGCCAUCGCGAACUUGCUCUGGGCCUGCACCCGGUCGGAGUCCGCCGAGCAGCACAGGAGGGCCAAGAAUAAGUCGAUGGGGCACUUCUGCUCCGCCGUUGCGGACGAGAUGAUGCAUCGCAUCACAGGAGGCCUCGGCGGGGUGACCUGGCGGGACCUCUCCAGCGUGGCGAUCGCGCUGAUGCACAGCAGGAGGAAGUCACCAGCCGUGAUGAACUACAUUGCCGUCUUGGUCCACCGGACGGCAGAGCAAGUUGUAACCGGGGGCCUCUCCGCCCAGCAGAUUCUCAACAUUGCCCAGGCGGCCGCGCGAAUGAAGGUAUCCCCAUCGGAGAUGCAGAUGCUUGUGAACAGUAUCGAGGACCGCGUCUCGGCGGGCGGCCUGCAGUUCAACCACUUGGACUGGAACCAGUGGAACGAGGUGCAGCAGUGGUGCCCGCCAACACGCUUUUACUCCGCAAGCACGGGCUCUCAGACAGCGGCCAUCCCAGUAUGGGGGCUGGCGUGA